CAUUACCAAGAAGACUUUCUCCCACAACCAGAAGGGCCAUCGGAGCUGGAGUUACCCAUGGCGGCCUUCACGGGCCACUCUGCAGAGCCAUGCUACACUUCACUGGAAGAUCCGAACAAACAAUUAAGGCUUCUCGUGGAGCAGUUUGCUUGAGACACUGAGAGAGCCUGCUCCAAGAUGGAUCUUCAAAUCAAAGCCCUUGCUGCUUCAGAUCCCUCAUUUCUCCAUGAUAUGGAGGAGACUGUUCAGCGCUCAGCGAAGCAAACAGAGUGGGUGGAGCAAGUUUGCUCACAUCUUGCUCAAGAUCACCUUUCUGCUACCACGCUAGAAGAGGUGGAGGAUGACAAAGGCUAUGGGGAUGUUGAGGAGCAUACAGAAGUUAUCACAGAGAACUCCCAUGAUAAUCAUGAUCAGGAAAGUCCUCUGGUUGCAGAUCACACAAUUCCUUAUUUCUGCUCUAACAUGCUGGGCCCGAGCGAGGGGAUGCAAGAUGAUCUCAUUGAAGAAAUUGCUUGGCGACUUGCUCUCCAAUCUGUUCUAGAAGAAGAAGAGAGAGCAAGGAUGAGGAAGGAAGUUGUGGAGGAUGAGGAAGAAAGAAAAGAAGAGGUGGUUCUUGAUCUUUUCCCAGGGGUGAUACCACAUGAAGAAGAAAGGGGGGUUGAAGAAGCAAUUGGCGUCCAGGCUGAGGACGGAGUUAAGGUGGAAGAGGCCUGCACCGGCCAUGAGUUGCAAGUAAUAUCCCCACCAAACUUUGAGGAACUGCUUAGCAAGGACCCAUUUGCAGUGUCUCUUUGCCAGACCAAGGCCACAUCAACAUCGGUCCCUCUUGGUGGACGCGAUGGUGGCCAAUCGAUGCUGUCAUAUCUGGGUUGGGGCAAUGAGACGAGAGAAGAGAAGAAGAGGUCUCGAGGGUGGAGACUUCAUCUGCAUCAAGUACACGAGCCUUCAUCACCUGCCACACCACAUGCUCGUGACUUGAGACUCCACCUCAUCGACGAGAACCUCAACUUCAAGGAGGUUCUAGCAUGGACCGAAACUUAAGAGCCAUCGUCCGGCUCACGACGUGAAAGAAGCGCUUGUUGGGAGGCAACCCAACCAGUCGGUUUGCAUUUCUUUCUCUAUUUCUCCUCGGUUGAGUCAGUUUUGCUAUUUGAUUUUAGAGUCAAUAACUCAACCUUUGUGAGAUUUUGUGUGGUGUUUGUGUUAUGAUUACUCUCUCUUUCUGGAAUGCACCGCCUGACCCGUUCAUCAUCAUUCACCCUUGAUCUAGUAACUUCGUUCUACCCUCCUUAUCUUUCCUCCAUUGAGGACAAUGUCGUGCUUAAGUGUGGGGGGAUGUUCGAUUAUGUAUGCGGGUGAAUGUUUGGCUGUUUGUGUGCUUGGAGCCUAGUCCACUGUCCAAAUUUUUAAAUUUGAGGGCUCCAAGUACGUGUUCCUUGCAAUUUUCUGCUCAGUAUGCUUUGAAUUGACAGUCUUUAUAGUAAUAUGCAACCUAGGGAGGUAGUGUAGCACUAUGGAGGAUGUUGAUGCAUUUAAGAAAUCUCAUUUCUUCUU